UAUUUAUAAUUUUAUACCUGAUUCCUGAGGUGAGGUGAGCAGUUGAGACUUGAGAGAGGCGGAGAGCAGAGAAUCAGAGAGAGGCUGAGGCUUGAGCCUUGAGCUGUUGUCUGUUGAGCGAACAGUGGAGACUGGAGACUAGAGAGAAAGGUUUCUUGAAUUCUGAAGUAAUCAUUUGCUGCUUCCACUUCCUGGCUCUUCAGUAAUGGCUGCAAGACUUCUUGCUAACUUGCUUGUGCUGGGCUCUGGAGUAGUGGCAAGGUCUUUUGUUCAGGCAUACCGGCAGGCACUUGCAAAUGCCUCAAAAUCUGGUGUUGCUCAAGAAGCAGCACAGAAUAUUAGGAGAGCAACCAAAAUUAUGGCCGAGCCGGAGGCAAGGCAGGUACUAGGUGUCACUGAACACUCAUCGUGGGAGGAGAUCUUAAAGAGGUACGACAACCUGUUUGAGCGGAAUAUGAAGAGUGGGAGCUUUUACCUUCAAUCAAAGGUUCAUAGAGCUAAAGAAUGCUUAGAAGCUGCUUACAAAAAGAAUGCUCAGUGAACUACAAAUCCACAACUCCUUGAGGCUUGCUUUACUGCCCUAUUACCCUUUUAGCGAUCCAAUAGUUGCCUUCCUGCAGUUUGAUCUGCAUGAGUUGUCAUAGCACUAAUAUAAACUGGCCUAGUAUUUCUGUCAUUUGUAUACCGGAUGCAAGAAAGUUUUGCUUUUGCACCUUUAAAGUGUAAUUUGAUUAAUGAAAUUAUGGUUGAAAAUUGAUUAUUGGAAUGCAUUGCUGAUGCACUUAAAAUUUGCUUAGAGACGGGAUGGGUUCAAUGACCAUUUGUAUGUGACUCAAAGGUGUAUUUACAUAUAUCUUCAUUUGUAUA